CCCCUGUGAAGUCGGUUAGGUUGGGAGUGUGUGACUGGCCCAGGCUCCCCCAGCAUUUGCCUGGCGGAGUGGGAGUUCGAACCCAGGGCUCCCACUGCUUGGCCCGGCACUCAAGACUGCUACACCAUGCUGUCCCUGUGUUACGUUGCGCUGUCACCUGCACAUACCAACCCAGGGGACCAGCCUUCACACUUCUGAUGUCUUUGUUCAGGUUUUGCUAUUGUUGUCCAAACACUCCUGCGGCUGCUGCAUUUCCCCCAAGGAGUCCCCGGAAGACAUGCACUGAGUCAACCCCCUUUUUGUCUGUCUGCAGUGAGACAGCCGCCCCACUGGGAUCCAUGAGUUUUGCUCUGUGGGGAGGAGUCCUCCUCUGGGCUGUCCCGCCUCCUCCACUCCGGCUGCUGGGUGCCCCUAAGGCCGAGAAUUGUGGGAGACGGAGAGAAAGUCUCCCCACGAUCAGUAAGGUUUCUACUUCUGUCCUGCUUCCCACCCACCCCCGACUUCCUUAUUUUUAUUUAUGUGAUUUAUAAUCUGGCUUUCUCACUGCGACUCAAGGCGGAUUACAGAGCAUGUGAGAUUAGUGUAAUCAAGAACAAGGACGUUUCCAUACAGCCCCAGAGAUUUUCCUGGUGGGCACCUGCAGAUCCACCCAAGGCCAUUUCUGCAUAAUAAAGAGGUCUUCUGGGACCAAGAAAAUGAAAUCACAUCCCUGCCUUUGCCUUUCCCAUUAGUUGCCCAGCCUUGCAGAUCCUGGCCCAGCCCCGGCUUGAGCCCCACCCACCCCACUCAUGGGAAGUAGCUACUAAUGGCUUGUAGCCCAUUCCCAGGUGCAAACCACGUGAGCAGAACCCAGCCCCAGUGGGGUGCUGUAAAAGUGCCCUUUGGAGAUGCUGGAAGUCUGACUGAGAGCGCAACCGAAGGGCCUGGGCUGGGCCUUAACUCCAGCCAAGGUAGGCCUACCAAUGGGGGAGUGACCCACCGUGGACUGGGGGAUACAUCAGCACAGCAGCGUGGAGGAGAACACACAGCUGUUUCCUUUGGACGAGCAGCGUCCUUCCCAGGGAGGGCCAUCAAGGGAUACACGUUUGCUUGGUUUUUGUCCAGGGUUUGCAAAAAUGCUUGACGUACAGCAGGAGCUCUGGGACAUGGAAGAGGAGGAGGAGGAGGAAGAGAGGUCUUCCCUAGAAGAUUUCUCCACAGAAUCGGAGGCAUCCUGCUGUGAGGAAUUCCCAGAGCAUGGCAGAGGGUGGCAGGGUCCAGCUACUUGUGGCUCAUCGCAGUGGCGCCCCCGCGAACACCGCCGCUGUCGACGGAGGCUUUUUGCCCCCUAUGACUUGCCCGAGGAGGGCUUUUCUCAGGACUGCACAGGACACAGAAGGGACAGCAGGGCAGAAAGCAAUCCCUGGGGGGGAGACAGCCCCCCUUGGGACCCCCCUGUCAGGUCUUGGGUGCGUGACACAGAAGCCGUCUGCCGGAGGAGUUGGCGUUUGGAGCAGGCACGAGCUGCUGCUGCCGCCUCCUCCAGGACACUCUCCCAUCCUUCCUUCCAGACCUUCUUUGCUGCCGUCUCUGCCUGCAGCCGUUCCUGCCCACCUUCCCCCGAAGGCCAAAUGUUGCCCCAACCCAGUGGAGGCCCCCUUCCCUUGGUUGACUGCGUCAGCUUCUUCUACACCGACCCAGUGAUGCCCCCAGGAUACCGAAUCUACAACCGCCUCUCCACCUCCUCCCAGGAAGUUCUCCGCGGCCUGCGACUCAACACCCCCGCUCCCAUCAUGUGCCCCCGAGAGGCUUCUCCUGACCCCCGCUGGCUCUCAGACCUGGAGCACAAGGCGGUCUCUGGUCUGCUGGCACUCCCUGCUGGAGCAAGGAGUGAUCCCAGCCCUUGCCCAGCCAUGGGAGCAGCAGGAUGCGCGGGAACGGGUGCCUCAGCAGCUCCCUGCCCGUAGGCUCUGCAGCAGCGGGGCUCUGCAUUCCAUCUCGGUUGGGGCUUGGACGUUUGUGCACCUGUGCCCGUCCCAGGGUGGGUGGAUUCUGUGGCACAGGUUCUGUGGCACAGCAGGUGGGAGGGAUUUGCCAUGGAGGUCCAAAUGUUACACUUGAGAGGGAAGGAAAAGCUGAGUGGGCAAGGAAGCCCCUUGCGCCCAGAUCUGUUGUCUUGGAGAUGGCGACUUGGCAAGGAAGCUGCUGCAGCUGAAUCCAGUCCUUUGAGUAGAAGAAAG